CGUCCCAAUUCGCGCUCGGUUGUGCGCAGUAGCGAAGCGCUCUUGAUCGCAAGUCCGCACGGCGGCUGUUCGGCUCCGCUCGGCUCCGCUCGGCUGUUUCCGCCUCCAUCAGUAUUCUCCCCGCGUCCGGCGUAGGCUGCUCGCGGACUGGAGCCGCAGAGGAGGUGCGCGAGCAGCCCGCAUCACCGCGCGCCCUCUCUCCCCUGUUCGGCGGGAGCUACCCAACCGUCGCUGUCCUCGCGAGAGAAGGAGAGAAGGAGAGAAGGAGGGAGGAGAGAGAGGAGAGAGCAGCUGUAACCGUCGCUUUCUUUGCGUUUUGUUUUCUUCUUUCUUUGUUUUGCUUUCCGUGUGGCGCGUGUGCGAUGCGCGGGCGCGGCGAGGCUCUCGCGGUCCUGUGAGCGGUCGGUCGGUCGGUCGGUGGAUGUGGAAAAACAGAAGAUGAUGAAUCUCUCCGGCUUCCUCCUGCCAGCUUUAUGGGGUCUGGCGCUCGGCGGAUCACCCAGCGUCCAAAUCGGCGGCCUCUUCCCCCGGGGGGCGGACCAGGAGUACAGCGCCUUUCGGGUCGGGAUGGUUCAGUUCGGCACGGCCGAAUUCCGCCUCACGCCACACAUCGACAACCUGGAGGUGGCCAACAGCUUCGCCAUCACCAACUGCUUCUGCUCCCAGUUCUCGCGGGGUGUGUAUGCCAUCUUUGGCUUCUACGAUAAGAAAUCUGUGAACACCAUCACGUCGUUCUGCGAGACGCUGCACGUCUCCUUCAUCACGCCCAGUUUUCCUGCCGAUGGCCUCAACCAGUUUGUGCUGCAGAUGAGGCCAGAUAUCAAAGGCCCCCUCAUCAGCCUGGUGGAGUAUUACAAGUGGGAGAAGUUCGCCUACCUGUACGACAGUGACAGAGGCUUAUCCACUCUGCAGGCUGUCUUGGACACAGCGGCUGAGAGGAAGUGGCAGGUCACAGCAAUAAACGUGGGCAACCUGAAGGAUGAGAGGAAAGACGAGGCCUAUCGUUCGCUCUUCCAGGAUCUGGAGAACAAGAAGGAGAGGAGAGUCAUCCUGGACUGCGAACAGGACAAAGUCAAAGACAUCAUGGAGCAGGUCAUCACUAUUGGUCGACAUGUGAAAGGCUAUCAUUACAUCAUCGCCAAUUUUGGCUUUUUGGAUGGAGACCUCUCAAAGAUCCAGUAUGGGGGAGCGAAUGUGUCUGGAUUUCAGAUUGUGGAUUUCGAUGACCCUCUUGUUUCUAAGUUUGACCAGCGAUGGGAGGCUCUGGAGGAGAAAGAAUACCCUGGGGCAGACAGCAAGAUACGAUACACUUCGGCUCUGACGUAUGAUGCGGUUCAGGUGAUGACAGAAGCAUUCCGUUUCCUGCAUAAACAAAGAAUUGACAUCAGUCGGCGUGGCAACAACGGCGACUGUUUGGCCAAUCCGGCUGUGCCUUGGGCUCAGGGAGUGGAGAUAGAACGAGCCCUGAAACAGGUGCGAGUGGAUGGACUGACAGGAAACAUUCAAUUUGAUCAGUAUGGAAAGAGAGUGAAUUACUCAGUCAACAUCAUGGAGCUGAAAAACAGCGGCCCGGUGAAGAUUGGCUACUGGAAUGAGGUGGAUAAAAUGGUAGUCACCAAAUCAGACCUUUUCCCCAAUGACACCAUGGGUAUGGAGAACAAGACAGUUAUUGUGACUACCAUCUUGGAAGCACCUUAUGUGAUGCUGAAGAAGAACUCAGAGUUAUUUACUGAUAAUGAUCGUUAUGAGGGAUACUGUGUGGACUUGGCUGCUGAGAUCGCAAAGCAUUGUGGGUUUAAGUACCAGCUGAAGAUUGUCGGAGACGGGAAGUAUGGUGCAAGAGAUGCUGAGACCAAGAUUUGGAAUGGCAUGGUUGGAGAGCUGGUGUAUGGGAAAGCAGACAUAGCCGUAGCCCCCCUGACUAUCACACUAGUUCGUGAAGAGGUGAUUGACUUCUCCAAGCCUUUCAUGAGCCUGGGCAUUUCCAUCAUGAUUAAGAAGCCACAGAAGUCCAAGCCGGGCGUCUUCUCUUUCCUGGACCCACUGGCCUAUGAGAUCUGGAUGUGCAUUGUCUUUGCCUACAUCGGCGUCAGCGUCGUGCUGUUCCUCGUUAGCCGCUUUAGCCCAUACGAGUGGCACACGGAAGAGUUUGAGGAUGGGCAGCUGGGGGCCAGCGAGUCCACUAACGAAUUUGGCAUCUUUAAUAGUCUCUGGUUUUCUUUGGGCGCUUUUAUGCAGCAGGGAUGCGAUAUUUCACCAAGGUCUUUAUCUGGGCGUAUAGUUGGUGGUGUGUGGUGGUUCUUCACUCUCAUCAUCAUUUCGUCCUACACGGCUAACCUGGCUGCCUUUCUCACUGUGGAGAGGAUGGUGUCCCCCAUCGAGAGCGCUGAGGAUCUUGCCAAGCAGACUGAAAUCGCCUACGGAACCCUUGACGCAGGCUCAACCAAAGAGUUCUUCAGGAGGUCAAAGAUCGCGCUGUUUGACAAAAUGUGGCAGUACAUGAAGAGUGCCGAACCAUCUGUCUUUGUGAAGAGCACGGUAGAAGGCGUCUUGCGCGUGCGCAAGUCCAAAGGCAAAUACGCCUACCUGCUGGAGUCCACCAUGAACGAGUACAUAGAGCAGCGCAAACCCUGCGACACCAUGAAGGUCGGCGGCAACCUGGAUUCCAAGGGCUACGGCAUCGCUACACCCAAAGGAUCUGCUUUAAGAAACGCGGUAAACCUUGCAGUGCUAAAACUGAACGAGCAGGGGCUUCUGGAUAAAUUGAAAAACAAAUGGUGGUACGACAAAGGAGAGUGCGGCAGCGGAGGCGGGGAGUCAAAGGAGAAGACGAGUGCACUGAGCUUGAGCAAUGUGGCGGGGGUCUUCUACAUCCUGGUGGGCGGCCUGGGGCUGGCCAUGCUGGUCGCUCUGGUGGAGUUCUGCUACAAGUCACGAGCCGAGGCCAAGCGCAUGAAGGUUGCCAAGACUCAGGCUCUAAAUCCCCCCUCUUCCUCGCAGAAUUCUCAGAAUUUUGCCACUUAUAAGGAAGGGUACAACAUGACGUUCACGGACGCCAUGCGCAGUAAGGCCAGGUUGUCUAUAACUGGCAGUACCGGGGAAAACGGUAGAGUGCUGACUCCAGACUUCUCUAAAGCCGUCCAUGCUGUGCCCUACAUGAGACCAGGCAUGGCAAUGCCUCUCAACAUGAGCGAGCUGUCCUGAGUGCCUUACACACACGUGCACGCACACACACACACACACACACACACACACACACACACACACACACAGUUGUACACAUUUUCUUACAUAUAAACACAUGUUCAUGCAGAACCAGGGUCAUAUACAUAUAUAUAUAUACACAUAAUAACCCAGCUGUCUCACACUGAGUGGCCCUAUUAUCAAAGACACAUAGACAUAUGAUUUCCGUAGAUGUCAAAAUGGUCAUAAACAAGUAAAAACUUUUCUACGAUAAUGCUGAUGUUUGCUAGUGCCCCUGUAAGAUUAUAGAAGUACAGUAACUGAGGUUCACAUGAACACGAGCAGAUGAAGCUUGUAAACGACUUUUUUUUAUUUGAAGCUUUAUUUCAAACAGAGAUUAACAUAUAGAUUUUACUCUGUAUGUAGCAGGUUUAAAGUGACUCCCAGCAAAGUUUAAAGUGGUUUAAAGUGACUCUCAGUAAAGAGCUGCCGCUGCAAUUUCCAUAACGAACAAUGGCCUGAAAGGCAGUUGUACAGCUCAUAUUCGCAUUCAGUGACACAUCUAGGAUCAUAUUAAGAUCAGAAAUCAAAACACGGUUGACUGCUUCCACUGUCACUUCCUGAUUAUGUUGGUGGUUAAUCUGAUACUUUAGGCCAAUCGGAGAGCUCAAUUGGCUGUAUCUACCUAAUAGGAUCAUUUUUGCUUGGGGGUUCACGAAUAUAACCAGCCAAAAGAGGAUCACUACAGUACUUGUAGAAUUUAAAUACAGCCAGCAUGAAAACAGCAAAAAAUUACAGAACUGUAUGUUUUUAUUUCACACAAAUCAUAAAGGCCCUACAAAUCCGCAUCUAUGAAUACACACACAUCCACACCUACAAAUACGCAAAAAUCUACACAAUAAACACAAGCACACACACACACACACACACACUCGCAAGACACUUGUACAUACAAACAGACAAAUGUACAGACACCUUGUGUACAUGUGGACAUUUUAACAUGAACUCCGGUUUACAUCGGUUCACACAUGCACGCUGUUGAGCUACACAAACGAUCAGCACUACAUGCUCACGCACACCUCCGAUCUUCAGUUUCCACUGGCAUUUUUUCCACACCCAAGCCGAGGACUCGUAAUCGUGCACUGAGGAGCAGCUCAACAUCUGUUUCCAUAGCAACAUGUUUUUGGAAUCUCUGAUUCUGAAGAACACAAAGCACACUUGAAUCAUCUGCAUCAAACGUGAUGUUCUUUCAUUUCACUCGAAAAAAUCAAAAGAAAAAAUCUUUUUUGAAGUACUUUUUAUUUCCAAAAAAAAAAAAACAACAACAACAGCAAAGAAACUGCUUCCAUAUUGUAAAAUAUACUUAUGAAUUUACUUCAGUUUCAAAAGCCAAAUGAGUUCAUUUCAAGUAGGUGCAAUGUUUGAACUAAAUCAUUUAAUACUAUCAUAGGAAUCACAUAUUGAGAAAAAAAAAACAAAUAUUGAUCAUGUAAAUAACGACACUUUUGUUCUUUUGAUGUUAAUGUUAAUAUGACGAUGCUCGACGGGAAAAAAUCCUUUGGAUUUUGUUUUUCUUCUGAGAAGUUUGAGUUGUUGAAACGUGAUGUUCAUUUUGUUGACGUUUGUUGUUCCCUUAGUUGUUUUGUUUUUCGUUCAGUUUUUCGGAUCGUGUUCUGAUCCUGUUUGUUUAGCCUACGGACGAUGCAAGCAGUAGUUUUAUAGUUCUGUCGUCAAGAUGAAGAAAAAAAAGACUGAAAUGAAAAACACUUCCACUCAGACUUUUACAUUUCUCUUUUGAGGGGGUUCAUCAGAAAGAACAUAUUAAUUAAAAUAUGAACAUUUAUUAAUAUCUUAGACCUAAUUACAAUACCCCCCCCCCUCCCCCGCUCCCUCGGCAGUAUUUUUUAAUGCCAAAUAGUGACCUGUGCCAAAAUACUUGUGGCAAGUUUGCGUGGACUCAGUAACAAUGCCUCACCUGUGAUGUUUAUCUUUUAUAAAUCUCGUUUAGAAGAUGUUUCUUUUUUCCAUUGUGUCACUCAACAUGUACAUUAAAUGAUGUGCACUACUAUAUGCAGUCUUAACUGUGAAGCGCAUGAGAACCUUUAGUUUAAUCUUUUUUUUUUCAAAGCGAUGAUUGAUGAUGAUGAUGAUGAUGAUGCCACUGACUUUAGAUAAAUAGAAAUUCCAUAGUCAAAUAUGACCUGAAAAGUAAGAGAAAGAGUAUAUAAUUGCAGAUAUAUUGAUAAUUAUUAAUAAUUCUAUUGAAAUUCUAUGCCGAGCACCCUUUUCUAUGCCAUGCUGUGUAACUGCAAUCUUGUCCAUUAGUUUUAUAUGUAUAUGUAUUGUAUAUACAAACAGAGACCAUCCAUGUGUAUAACUUAAAUCUCUAAUUGUAUGAACACAUUCACACGGUACAUACAGAGAACGCAGGUUGGUUCGAGUUUGAAAGCUGGUGGGCGUGAAAACUUCCUUGAUGCCAAACCUCAAGCGAACACACAAACACACACACAAAUGGACUUGAAUCGUCACUAGGUUUUCAUUGGGAGAGUUGAGCUGAACCGGAGGAGAUUUUUGUAACUGGAAUGUGGAUCGACUGCUUUAUUUUUUGGACUUUUGGAAUAAACAGAGGCUGAGAAAGUA